UCCUCUGCCGUCUCUCCUGCUCUUUGAGGACAGCAGGAUGGAGGACAGGGCAUCGACUGUGUGUCUUCUUGUCCUUUCUUUGGCUUUAGGAUGGACCGAAGGGCAGAGUCAGGCGAACAACACAGACUCAAGGACUAUGUUCCCCUGCGGAGGUCACCUGGUCACUGACUCUGGCAUAGUGGCCAGUGAAGGGUUCCCCAGUUUCUACAAACCCAAUAGUAAAUGCACCUGGUACAUCACUGUCCCAGAGAGUCAUGUGGUCAUGCUGUCUUUCCGCCUCUUCGACAUGGAGGCUGACCCCACCUGUCGCUACGACUACCUGGACGUCUACAACGGUCACUCGCGCCUGGUGCAGAAGCUGGGCCGUUUCUGUGGGACAUUCAGGCCGGGCGCUCUCAUCUCCACCUCCAACACCAUGAUGCUGGAGAUGGUGUCUGAUGACGCCACUGGAGGGAGAGGAUUUCUCGCUUCCUUCAACGCGGGGAAGCCACAUAUGGAAGAGGACCAGUUCUGUGGAGGCCGUCUGACCAAACCACAGGGUUCUGUGAAGACGCCCAACUGGCCCAACUCGAAUUACCCAGCAGGUAUCAGCUGCUCCUGGCACAUCACCGUCGAGCCGAGCAAUGUGAUUGAAGUGAAGUUUGAGAAGCUGGACUUGGAGUCUGAUUUGUACUGUCGCUACGACUACGUGGCAUUGUUCAAUGGAGGAGAGACCGAUGACUCGAGGAGGAUUGGGAAGUUCUGCGGAGAUAGAGCGCCGGCAACCAUAGUGACAAAUGGCAACGAGCUCCUUGUCCAGUUUGUGUCGGAUCUCAGUGUGACCUCAGAUGGGUUCAUGGCACAUUACUCCAGUGUGCCCCGCGAGUCCCGCACACCCACAGCUGGUGGUGACUUCAUCUACAAACCUCAGCCAACUUCCAGGCCGCAGAAACCAACGUCAAAGCCAAGGAAACCCACCAAACCAACACCUAAACCGACCACCAAACCAGCUUUAAGACCAACUCCUAAACCAUCAGUAAAACCAAAACCUAAACCAACUAAAAAGCCAUUGAUAAAACCGAUUAAACCUUCUCUCAAAACAACACCAAAACCAACGACUAGACCUGUCCAGCCGACUACUAAACCUGUCAAACCGACAUCUAAACCAACUGCAAAACCACCCGUUAAACCACGACCUGGCAUUCGCUUUAAGCCAACACCCAAACCCCCCAAAAAGCCGUUUUCAAGGACUCCACUGGUAAAGAAACCCCUGCUCCGCAAACCUACUCCCAAGCCUGCAGUCAAGUCCACCGUCAAACCAAAACCAGUGAAACCCACACCUAAGUUGCCCCUAAGAAAACCCACAGCUAAACCUGGGGAUAAAAACACACUCAAAACCAAAAUAAUUAAGCCAACACUCAAACCCAGAAUCCUGAUCAAACCCUCACGGAAACCUUGGGUGAAACCUAAGCCCACCAUGAAACCUCGAGUCAAACCUGUGAAGCCGACCCCAAAGACUGGACUGAAACCAACAGCGAAGCCAAAGGUAAAGCCCAAAACAACAACUAAACCAGAGCCGAGCAGGACUGUGACCAAAAAGCCUGCUGUCAACAUGACAGCUUCACCUCUCAACCCACUGUGUACUCAACCCUGCGCGAGGAUAGGGACUCUCCAUUCCAACUUCUGCCCACAUGACUUUGUGAUUACAGGGAAGGUGACUUCUCUGAGUCCUGAUCCAAGUGGCUCAGCGACUCUGGAAAUGUCUCUGAUCAAAGCCUACAAGGCAGGGAGCCUCAAGAUCAACAAAUCGGGACCCAUUAAGUCAGUCACGCUGAGGUCCGCCUGCAAGAAAUGCCCUGGGAUUGUCAAAGGUCGGAACUACGUGCUGAUGGGGACAGUCGACGCCCAGGGCAACGGCCAGCUGAGCCCGUCCAACUUCGCUCUGAUUUAUCAACCUGCGCACGCCAAGUCGCUCGAAAUCCUUUCCCGCAAAUCGUGCUAACGUAACGGUCUCACAGCAGAGAAAUGCAUCUACCAGCAUGGCAAAAGUUUUAAUAAUAACAUCCUGCAAAGUUCUGACAUAUUUCUGCUAAUGGACGGCUGUCACGUUUUUAAAUAUUCACCGUUAUUUCAUCUUGUAUUUUGUAUGUAAAUUAUGUAUUAAUGAAAUGAAUUAAUUUCUAUGUUAUUGAUACAAAAUAAACACAAUUGUUGGGAUAUUCCAGAG